AUAAUUAAUUGAAACGUCACUUCCUGUCAUUUGCGGCUAAACAAUCUCGUGUAGUUAGCGAGCUAGAUCUACGUACAUGUACAUAUUUAAUAUGUAUUACUAUUAAAUGGAGGACCGAGUUGGAUCCAUGUGGUAAAAUACAUCACAGGUACAGUAUAUCUUCAUCGUACCAACGUACGUACAUACGUUGCCAUGAGCUCAAGCGAUCAUCUGAUGCCCCAUUCUCCAUCUCAGCGCAACUAUUCGGGCGUUCCUGGAAUGGAUGGAAUAGAUGUCGGCAGUACCUCUGGGUCCGAUUCCCCUGGUAGCGAUAGCAAUAUUAGUGACAUGGUAAUUGACGUGAAAACAAAAUUCGCCAAUGUGAAAUCGAGGCAUAGAAAAAGUCAAGAUGGAGAAUUUAUGCCGUCUCCUGGUUCCAGUUCCAAAACCAUAUCUGAAUCUGAUUCAGAUUCCAGUUCUGCCAGUAAGUCCGGGGGAGAUCUGGUGAUAGCCGAUGAAGAGAACAAAUCAGUGUAUUCAAGUAGCACCACUAACAGCCAAAGCAUGUCCCCUCGGAGGUCAAAAGGUCAAGCUGCCGCAUCGAGCAAUAAUACAACUUCGUUUUAUCGUCGAAAAGUCGGUCAAGCACCACGAAUUAACAGGGACUCCCCCUUUAAGUUCAAUCGGACCAAAACGAGUUCAAAAUAUUCGUACGAACUUUGUCCUCCUUCCUUUGAUUUAUUGCCUCCACCAAGACGAGCCGCCACGAAAGUUCGUUAUAAUUAUUCUGACGAGUCGGACCAAUCAAAGGACAGCGAUGUGUUGCCACGGAGACCUGCUCGGAGAGGCAACAGAGUCAAGAGUGACAGUGAGUUUGAGAUGACUGGAGAGAGCGAGAUGGAGCAAUCCAACAAUGACAGCUCCAUUGAUGAGGACAAUUCAUCGGGAGACGAUUACCAACAAAGUAGGAGUAGAGGUAGCAAAAGAAAAGGUAGAAAAAAGUUCAUGCAGGUAGCUGAUGGUGGCAGUGAUAGCGAUUAUACUCCCGGCAGUAAGAGACCUCGCAAGAGGUUCACACAACCUAAGAAAAGCAGCAGUACUGGUUACGAGCAUAGCUAUGAGUCUGCCUCCGCUGUUAGCACUGGGAGCGAAUCAGAAUUUGAACCAUCCUACACAAAGAAGAAGAAAAAGAAGAGAAAAGGAACCUCCGAAGCUAACAACACAGACUUUGUUCGUAUGACCAGUCGCAAAAGGGGUGUGGUCUCGUACAAGGAGCCUAACUCAGACGGCCGUGAGGGGGAGGGUAGUGUGAGUGGUGAUGAUGUGGAGGGGGUGGAGGAGGGGCCCCCCCUGGAGGACAACCGGGAGACCAUAGAGAGAGUGCUCAAGAAGAGGAUGGGCCCAGUGGAAGAUUGCAGUAAGAAGACAUCUUGCUAUACUCGACAUUUAGAGGACCCUGUGGAAACUCCCGGCAAAUCCCCGCCACCACCGCCCACUCUAUGUGACCCCGACGACCUUAACCAAUCCAACAAGUCGUCUGCACAUGCCCAGUACCUCAUAAAAUGGCGGAAUAAGUCGUACCUCCACUGCACUUGGGAAUCAGAGAGCAGCCUCACAACUCAAGAUAUCAAAGGGAUUAAAAAGUUCCACAACUUCUUGAAGAAGGAGGAAGAGAGAGCCUCGUGGGAGAGAAUGGCGUCACCAGAAGAUGUUGAGUAUGCCAAGUGUCAGGAGGAGUUGGGAGAGCAGCUGUUGGGGCAGUUCACACAAGUGGAAAGAGUUAUCGCUGCUCGUCACUCAGAAGAGGGUACUCAAGAGUAUCUGUGCAAAUGGCGCGGGGUCCCAUACUCUGAGAGCACGUGGGAGGAAGCCACUCUCAUCUCACACUGGUAUCAAGACAAAAUCGAUAAUUAUCUCGAGCGAAACUCAUCGGACCGAAUCCCUAACAAGAAUGCAAAAGUUCUGAGACAUCGUCCGAGGUUCCGGUUCAUGAAGGAGCAGCUGGACACUCUCAAUGGCGGAGGGGGCAUGAAACUUAGAGACUACCAAUUGGACGGAGUUAACUGGCUCACAAGGUCAUGGUGCAAGCACAAUUCUGUGAUCCUAGCUGACGAGAUGGGACUGGGGAAGACCAUACAGACGAUUGCAUUCCUCCACUACCUCUACCACGAACACCAACUGUACGGUCCGUACCUCAUCGUGGUACCACUCUCUACUAUGCCCGCCUGGCAACGAGAGUUUGAGAUAUGGGCUCCAGAGAUGAACACUAUUGUCUACCUAGGUGACGUCAGCAGCAGGAACAUGAUACGAGAGUACGAGUGGUGUCAUGCCAACCGCAAGCUCAAGUUCAAUACUAUUCUCACAACGUACGAGAUCCUGCUCAAAGAUAAAGAGUUUCUGGGCAGCGUGGCCUGGGCGGAGUUAGCAGUGGACGAAGCUCAUCGUCUCAAGAAUGAUGACUCUCUUCUGUAUCGUACUCUGAUGGAGUUUAGGACGAACCACCGUCUCUUAAUCACUGGCACACCACUCCAAAACUCACUCAAGGAACUGUGGUCGCUCCUGCACUUCAUUAUGGAUAAAAAGUUCCCUGACUGGGAAGAGUUUGAGUUUGACCACCACGCGUACGGGGAGGGGGACGCUAAGAGCCUCUCUUCCAUCCAUCAGCAGCUGCAACCGUAUCUCCUCAGACGAAUGAAGAAAGACGUUGAGAAAUCCCUCCCAGCAAAAGUUGAGCAAAUUCUGAGAGUCGGAAUGUCGUCCAGUCAGAAGCAGUACUACAGGUGGAUACUGACCAAGAACUACCGUGCCCUGAGUAAAGGGGUCAAGGGCAGCAUCACUGGGUUCAUCAACAUGGUGAUGGAGCUCAAGAAGUGCUGCAACCAUACCUGGAUAGUCAGGCCAGAGGACAGAGAUGCUGUGACCUCCGACAGACUACAGGUUCUGAUUCGAGGCAGUGGGAAACUGUACCUACUGGACAAGCUCCUGGUUCGACUGAAGAAGACUGGCCAUCGUGUUCUCAUCUUCUCUCAGAUGGUGCGGAUGUUGGACAUUCUCGAGGAGUACAUGAAACUCAGACGCUUUGCAUUCCAGAGGUUGGAUGGCUCUGUUCGUGGUGACUCUCGUAAGGACGCUAUCGACCACUUCAAUGCUGAGGGGUCACAAGACUUCUGUUUCCUUCUCUCGACCCGUGCAGGGGGUCUGGGGGUCAACCUGGCCACGGCCGACACCGUGGUUAUAUUCGACUCUGAUUGGAACCCCCAGAACGACCUUCAGGCUCAGGCACGGGCUCAUCGGAUUGGUCAAAAGAAACAGGUGAACAUCUACCGACUGGUGACCAAGAGCAGUGUGGAGGAGGACAUUGUAGAGAGGGCAAAGAAGAAGAUGGUUCUGGACCAUCUUGUCAUUCAGAGGAUGGACACGACUGGACAAACUGUCCUCUCCAAGACAGCGGACACUAACAGGGUGCCGUUUGAUAAAGACGAGCUGGAUGCCAUCCUCAAGUUUGGUGCUGAGGACAUCUUCAAGGAGGCAGGCAAGGAGGGGGCGGGGCCUUCUGAUCGAGGAGAUCGAGAUCUACAGGAACUGGACCUCGACGAAAUACUCAGUCGAGCGGAAACGCAAGCAACCAACGAUGAAUCUUCUUCACACGAUGACCUCUUGUCACAAUUCAAAGUGGCAUCGUUUGCAAUGGAUGCGGAAGAGUUAGAAGGGGGUGUGGUAGCCACACCCACAGAGGGUAAACCCCCUCUCUUCAGCCCCGGGGGCACGAGGGGGCCACUGCUGAAGGAGAAGCGAGGAGAGUUGAGCUGGGACGACAUUAUCCCCGCGGACGUGCGCUCAAAGAUUGAAGAAGAGGACAGAAUGAAGGAGCAGCUGGAACUAUAUUUACCACCCAGAAAAAGAAAAGUGAAGAAUUACUGUGAAGACGGUUCUACUGCAAACGCUGGCUCAAAGCCUGUUCCUGAGACUGCUAGGAAAACAACGUCAUCUACAAGGAGGCGAGACAAAGCCACACCCAUUGCCAUACCCAUUUCCAUGGAUGAGACGGUGGUUACUAAGACUGUGAGAGGUUUCUCUGAUGCGGAGAUAAGAAGGUUUAUCAAGAGCUAUAGGAAAUUUGGAGAGCCCAGAACAAGACUGGAGUCUAUUGCUGCCGAUGCAGAGUUACAGGAGAAGUCACUAUCGGAACUGGAGUCACUGGCAGACACGCUCCACCAGGCUUGUCAGGAGGCGGAGGCAGAGCACAGGUCCAGGGUUGAAAAUGAAUCUAACUACACGGCCAAGAAGGGACCCUCUGUUCGUCUGUGCGGUGUGAGCGCCACCUGUUCCUCCAUCUUGAAGAGAGAGGAAGAACUGAGAGCACUCACUGUCUGUAUUCCAGCCAACUCACUGGCACGGAAGAAGUUUCGUCUACUCUAUCCGCCCAAACCCGUCCAAUGGCCUAAGGUGAAAUGGACACCUGUCGACGAUGCCAAACUGCUAGUGGCGAUCUACGAAUACGGCCUCGGAAAUUGGGAGGCCAUCCGUGACAGCGACCCUCAGGGCCUCGGCAAGAAGAUACUCCCUGAGAAUAGAGCACUGAAACCCCAGUCUUCCCACCUGCAAACUAGAGCCGAGUAUCUGUUGAAAGUACUACAAGCCGAGGCUAAAAGAAAGAUGGCCAAGAAGUCGAGACAGUCCCCGAGAAAAGCUGCCACUUCUCGUUCAAAAGCGAAAAAGAAAGGAAGUACAUCGACAUCUAAGCAAGAUCUAUCGAAGUUCUUUGGCCAUGCAUCAGCAGAGCAAGCUAAAUUGCUCGUGAAUAUCAGUCGUGAUCUUGUAUCAGUUAACAACUCUGAUGCAGAGUCGAAUGCAUCCAGUACUAAGAGUGGGCGUGGUCAGAAAAGACCCCGCCCACCCUCAAAACAACCAGUCACUAAAAGAUUGAAAUCAUCACCAAAGAAGAGUAUACCCUCAAGGCUAUCAAGCAGACAGGAUCGAACGCCCACUCCCGGUUCUAGAAGCUCCCCUCGGAAAGCUGUUCGUGAGAGGGGGGCCCAGAAGCAGCUGUUCUCACAAGAGGAAGGUGUGCUGAGUGCUCUCGAGGGAGGGAGUGACGACCAGAGAGUAUCUGAUAUCGGAGAUGAGGAGAGGGAACUGGACCAGGACACCUUCGAAAAGUGCAAAUCCCUACUGAAGCCAGUAAAGAAAUCGCUGAAAGAGCUUUCUCAGAGUGGAGAACUCUCAAAACCUGAGAUACUGGUCCAUUACAAGAAGGUGUUGAUUAUUAUCGGGGAUCAUAUAAGUGCCCAUCUCUCCAGGUGUGAGUCAGAGCAAGAGUCAGCACAGUGGAGAUCCGAUCUUUGGCUGUUUGUGGCAAAGUUCACUCCAGUCCCAACCCAGAAGCUCUACAAAUUAUACAGAAGAGCCAAAAAAGACUCGGCUGCUGAGAAACACCAGCAUUCUACGUUUCCUGUUAAGAAGCGUUACCUUGACAACAUUGCCACAAUUGCCCAGGAAGAACCUCCUCCGCCCACUACCAGUGAUAAACAUGACCUUCCCUCCGACAACUCAAAAACCGAUAAACCUCGCAGUAGUACAGAAAAUAAAGAGUCACGGCAACCUGAUAAAGAUCGAAAAAACGAUACCCACAAAUCUCAUUCAGCCGAUUCUGAACACAGACAUCGCGGCGACAAAGAGAGAGGACACUCGCAAAGAGAACAUGGCCGAGAGAGAAAGCACUCGAGUGACCGUGAUAGAGAAAGAGCUCGACAAAGAAAGCAUUCUAGUAGUCAUGAAAGGGAGAGAAAGCAUUCUAGUAGUCACGAAAGGGAGAGAAAGCAUUCUAGUAGCAAUGAACGAGAACGGAAACAUUCUGGUAGUGACAGACUGAGGAAACACUCUGGUAGUGAUCGCGAACGCUACUCAGGCAGUGAGAGAUCUUUAGAUCGAGGUGGCCGAGAGAGGCAUCACUCUGGCGGGUCUCAUCGACACUCCGAUGGGCAUCGUCAUCAUCAUCAUUCUGGCGACCACUCCCACACACAUCACAGGCAUCACCACUCACACUCCUCACACCACCCACAUAGUCAUCACUCCGAAGGAACUGACUCAAAACACUAAAACUAUAUAUUUAAAUUAAUAACUAAUAAUAUAUUAUUAUACAGUACCAAUAAACUCAUUCUCAAUUUUUGACAGUAUAUAAUUAUACGUCGUUGUGCAUAUAAAUUUUAUAUUUAAAAUGAACAAUUAUAUUUGUGUAAUGA